GAGGAAGCAUGGUGGAGGAGAGGCUGCAGUGAAGGACUCCUAGGAUGGUGCAGAACAUGUUUCGGACCGGGUUCCUGGUCCGGGCCACUCACACCCUGCUCACCUGGGUCAUAACCCUCAUUCUGUUCCUGCACAACACAGAUUUGCGUAAGUGUGAGGAGCGAGGAGAGCUGCUGCUGCCGGUUCUGUUCUUCCUCCUGGUCAUGAUGUCGGUGCUCUUAUACUUUGCUGUUUCCUUAAUGGACCCCGGCUUCGUUCUCACUGACACUGUUAAGGGUUCAAAUGAGGAAAUGGAGUCGAUGAUUCCUCAGUCUCCGACCCCUCGGCUGCGGCGCUGUGGAUACUGCCUGCUGCAGCAGCCAAUGAGAGCGAAGCACUGUCAGACGUGUAAGCGCUGCGUCCGCCGCUUCGACCACCACUGCCCGUGGAUCGAGAACUGCGUGGGAGAGAGGAACCACCGCUGGUUCAUCGUCUACCUGCUGGUGCAGCUGCUCGCUCUGCUGUGGGCGCUUCACAUCGCUCUGUCUGGCAUCUCCUCCAGUGUCUCCUGGGAGUUGUGGUUCAGAGCCAACGGGUUCCUGCUGGCGGCGCUGGCCGUGGUCGGCGUCUUCUCCGCGGUGGUGUUGCUGCUGCUGGGCAUCCACCUCUACCUGGUCUCCGUCAACUGCACCACCUGGGAGUUCAUGUCGCGUCACCGGAUCUCCUACCUGAAGAACUGCGGCGACGAGCAGAACCCGUUCGACCGCGGCGUCCUCUGCAACCUGUGGGAUUUCUUCUGCGUCUGCAGGACGGUGAUGUGGGAGCAGACGUACGACAGGAACACCCCCAAUUCUGUCUGAACAUCAGAACCAGACGCCACGCUACGUUCAGGGACAGCAGAACAUUGUUUAACCUCAAUAGAGGAGAUUUAAAUUAUUCUUAUGGUUCCUUUUGGAUCUAUAUUUGCAACUGGACCAAAAAGUACCUGCAAAAGUUGACACACAGUAUAAAAAACUUAACUUAUUACCUGCAUUUAAACUGGUUUGCUAAUUUACUUAAAUUUGCACCUGAUUUUUGAUACAGAUACUUUGCUUUGCUGCACAGUUUUUUAAGUCGUUCCCCUACUUUGAUCCUGACAGAAACAGGAUGGAUCGCAGACGUUCAUGUUCCUCAGAGGAUGAACUUUAAUGACUUUAGUUUAGGGCUGUCCCCAAAUCGCGAGUCUUUUUUUGAAGUUGAUGCAUCGGUCAGACGAAAAAAACAUUAAUUUAUAGUUUUGUUUUCUUAUAUAAACAAUUAACAUAAGCGCUGCCGUUUCUAUUCAAUACACCUACAAAUAUGAAACAUAUUUAUAAACUCUGCUGCCCAGUUAAGCCAAGUUUAUGCUCACCAUGUCUCCAAAAGUGAGAGUCAUUACGUAUUUAUCACAGCUAAUAGUUGCUCGAUGCUAUAUUACUGCUCUGAAUAUCCACUAAUACAAUUACCUGUAACAGUAUUUAUACACUACUUUUAUUUAAGUAAAUGAUCUGAGAAAUUCUUCCACCACUGGUGAUUUCCUUCCUUCAGUAUUUGCAGAUAGUUACUGAAUAUUUACUUAAAGGGACGGUUAGUAUUUUUUAAAUUGGGGUUGUAUGAGGUACUUAACCAUACUUUAUCUUAGACACCUAAACGAAUCAAUAUUAGAAUAUAGAAUAUUUUUACCUUUUUAUUUUGCUUUCAGACAGACCUUUCUGACGGGAACUGAGACGUUAUCUAUGCGCUCUUCAAAGACACCAGACUCCAUUGACAAAAACAGUGAUUUUACCACAAAGAGAACACAGUUGUUAGUCUACCGCUUCCUCGAUCUCCUCGUUUGUUUGUGUUAUUGUGAGACUUUGGUGUUUUAAAAGGUUAGUUCGGAUACUCAAGGGUCACAAAAACACAAACCAACUAACCAACCGAGGCAGCGUUGGACCAGCAACUCCUUUAUUCUGAGAGGUAAAAUGAUUGUUUUUGUCAAUGGAGUCUGCUGGCUUUGAAGAUUUCUAAAUAUAGCGUACACUUAAACUGAUAUAGAUUUUUUUAGGUGUCUAAAAUAUGUAAAAUAUGUGAAGUGUCCUGUCUGUUUCUCUAAACUCCAUCUACUGUAGUAAAACACUGAAUAUGGAGAAGAACCUCAUAAAACCACACUUCUUUUUUAGCUAACACAUUUUUAGUAACUAGAGACCCUUUUCUGACUGCAGUGUGUCUUGAACAUCACUGGAUUUUGUAAACUCAAGGCAUUAAGACCGAACAGUUAUGAGGUGGUAUUUAAGUCCUCGAUCGCAGAAAUGCAAUUUAUUUUUAAAAAACUGUAUUUUAGGCAGUUUUGUUGAAAGAAAGAAGAAAACCCAUCCAUCUUUUCCUCUCAGGUCUGGUCACCACUUUCUCUUCUGUAAAUGUUUUUCUGUUGUUGCCGCAUGAGAGUGGUGACCUUCACAUUAAUAACACUAAUGGCCUUUAUGUCUUGUGCCUUUUGGUUUAUUUGUAUUUUUUACAAUUACAUUUUUUUUUUUUAAUUUAGAUUCAAGAUAACAAUGAAUUUACAAACUUUUUAUAUUACUGUAUUUGUUCUGUUUGUAUUUAUUGACAACAAGAGUACAUUAAAACACUGAUGAUAUGCAUGUUUUUAUAGAGUUCUUCUGUACAGACUAACAUUCCUCCUCAGGAUACUUUACACACAUACAAACAUACAAACAUACAUAAAUACAGUACUGACAAACAAGUAACAUGUAAUAUUCAGCAGCUAAAUCAAUGCCGGCUGCUACAUUUUAUUCAUAUAACCUUCACCAAAGCAGGUGGAGGGUUCAGUGUCUUGCUCAGGGACACUUCAGGAGAGCAUACUGGUCCUUUUUUACCCUUUUAAGUUUCAGGACAGACUUCCUAUUUGUUUAAAGAGCAACUUAACACCCUGUUAAAACUUUUAAAAAAAAGGCAAAUCAGCUCUUUACAAGGCCGAGUGGAACCAAUGCGUAAGUGUCUUAAAGCUGCAUUCUCUCUAGUGUCCAUCAGGGGGCGACUCCUCUGGUUGUAUAGAAGUCUAUGAGAAAAUGACUCUACUUCUCUCUUGAUUUAUUCCCUCAGUAAACAUUGUAAACAUGAGUUUAUGGUCUCAAUCUCUAGUUUCAAGUCUUCUUCAAUACAGCAUAAUGUUCAUUUAGUAAAUGAUGCUCCAUUUAGAGUCAAACAGACCAGAAAGCAGGGGAUGCUUUAGGGCGGGGCUACACACUGAUUGACAGGUCGACACCAGAGACAUAUAAAUAAAGUGACUUCCUGUUCAUUUGAUGCAAAAAAGCCAAGAUGGCGACGGCCAAAUUGCAAACCAAUGGGUGAUGUCACCAUGACUACGUUCACUUCUUAUAUACAGUCUAUGGUCUUGACAAAUCAUUUCUCUUUCUGUGUAUUUUGUGCAUAAAUGACAACAAAACCGUGAUCCAUUAAUUGAAAAAUGAGUUGUUUAAACAUUUAAGCAACCUCUUUUCUAACAAAGUUGUUUUAAUUAAUCGCUAGCUCUCAAAUUUGUUGUGUGCUCACUCUUUCUUUUGUCGUAUUUAAACACUUCCCUACUGGGUUUUUUUCUGUCUUAGUCUUCAUUAGUGUAAUUGGUUACACUGGAGGCCAAAACGCUUGUGUUUCAAGUUUGUGUAAUUGCACCUAACCUACUUUCUGUGGCACAAUCUCUCAUCUCUUUCCAAAUUCCAUCUCCAAACAAGAAAUA